AUGAUUAAAUUUUUAAUAUUAUCUUUGCUAUGUGUAUCAGCAUUAGCUGUAAGUGGAAAUAAAGGUGCUUGUAGAGCUUAAAAUUACACAAAUGUCGAUGUAGAUUUUUCUAAUAGAUAUUUGGGAAGAUGGUAUAAUAUAUAUGUAAGUGCUUCUAUGCCAUUCUAAUAUCGCGAUGAUUUGUGUAAUUUAGAUGAAUAUUCUAUAGAUAAAUAUGGAAAUAUGCGAGCUUUGUAUAAAGGGAUGCAUGCUAACUAAAAAGUAACUGAAUUUCUUUAAUAAGUAAAAAAGGUAGGACCUGGACAUUUGAAAAUUAAAUUCUUUAGUUUACAACCCAUUGGAGCAAACUAUGAAGUUCCUUACAUCAAUGAUGAUUAUACCGUUUCAGUUGUCGUAGGAUGCAAUGCUUUUGGUUUUUUAGGAUAAAGUGAUAUUUGGAUUAUUACUAGAAGCUAUAAUCCUGAUCCUCUAGAAGUUUAAAAGGCUUUAGAUUUUAUCAAAUAAGCAGGAUUUGAUGAUUCUGAUUUGGUUCCUGUAAGUACUAAGGGAUGUGCUAAAAUUAAAUGA